AUGCCCGCCCACGUGAAGCACCUGCUCCUGCUCCUUGGCUGCCUGCUCUGCCUGCUCGGCGAUGUGCCGAGAAUCGAGGCCUUCCACCGCUGGAGUCCCAUGAUGAAGGCCUUCCGCUACUUCCAGGAGACCAUGCUCCGCAAUAGCCUGGAACGUGCCCAUCUCAAUCAUGGGAUCGUCUUCGAGUGCCGCACCAUAUCAGCCAAGGAUUUUGGCAAUGAAGUGCACUUCAAUCUGCAGCUGGGAGACCUUCGUGGAUUUCGUCGCCUGGAUCCCAACAAGAAGUUGGCUCUCUUUCUGCACGGCUGGAAUGAUCAGGGCAGCAAGGAUUGGGUGCAAGAAUUGUUGCUGACUUGGACCCUCUUCGACUCCAACUACAAUGUGUGCGUUGUGGACUGGGGCAAUCUGUCGCAGAACGACUACAAGUCCGCCUCCAUGUCCAUCUUCGACGUGGGCCUAACGGUGGCCGGCAUCAUCAUGGCCCUGGAGGAGCUGCGUCCCAAUCACUUUCAUCGCAGCAACGUCACCCUGGCGGGCUACAGUCUGGGUGCCCAUGCCGCCGGCUAUGCGGGCGCCGUGCUGGAGGGUCAGGUGGAGCAGAUCAUUGGCUUGGAUCCCGCUGGACCGCUGUUCUCGCUGCCCGCCGAGGUGGCGCCCAAGUACCGCCUGGAUCCCGGCGAUGCCCAGUUCGUGCAGGUGCUCCACACAUCCGGCGGCUCCUUGGGCACCAGUCUGAAGUGCGGCCAUGCUGAUUUCUAUCCCAACGGUGGCAGGGCGCCGCAGACGAACUGCAAGAUGUUUGCCAAUCUGCGCGACAUGCAGAAUACCAAUCCCGUUUCCUGCAGUCACUCGGCGGCGGCGAUCUUCUUCCGCCAAUCGAUGGAUCCCGAGUACCCGUUCGUGGGCUACGAGUGCGGCAGCUACCGCGAGUUCGCCGCCGGAUAUUGCGAUGGCAACCGGAAGGCGCGCUUCGGCAUCCACUCGCAGCGGCGGGCGCAGGGCAGCUUCUACUUCCGCACCGCCCCCCAGCAGCCGUACGUGCAGCGGCGGCAGGCCAACUGGUUGAGCGGCGUGGGGCGCAUGUCGUCGUCCACCAAGGUCAGUCCAGUUAGCCAGAGCCCCCUUGUGCUGCGCCUCUGGACGAACAGCUGGCGGCGGCGGGAGCGGGAGCGAGCGAGAGAGCGACAGCGCAGAGAC